AUGAUCAUUUGUGAGGAGUAUGUUUUCAACUCUAUGUAUGUCAAUUCGAGAGUAGAGCGAUCUAUGUCAACCAAGAGCAGAACUCUCUCUAUUUCCGGCACAGGCUUUCUUUCAAUCAAGAAGAAGAUUAUUUCAGAUUUUAUCACUAUCCGGACUGCUAUCUACUAUCUACCUAUCUAUCUACCCGGGCUCGUUGUGAGGCGGGACCCAACCCUCCUCUUCACUCCACUGCUUCAACAGAAAUGGAUCCAUCAUCUGCUACCCAUGAGUAAUAACGUUACGAAUCUACCACUGAUCCCGAGGGCAAGUAUGAAAAAGAGAGUCAAGCAAGGUUGGAUUCGUAUGUUCCAUUUGAGUAAGCCUCUGAUGCCCUGCGCACAUAGCUUCUUGCAUGCCCGAUGGCAGAUCUCCCAACCUGGAGUAUAUUCCCGGCCCCGUAGCUUAGCUUAA